AAUUCAGAGCGAUACAGAGCAAGAUGGCUCUUGUGGCAGGAACAGCUGUUCUAUGCUGAAAAGCCUCGUACGUCAAGUAAAUAAUAAAUUAAAUACAAUACGGCAGCAGAGUCCGAUGUUUCGUAUUAAUUGUGGCUUACCACUAAGCAAGUAACUUGUGCGUUAAUUGCCGAGAUUUAUUGAUGCCAGUAUAAUGUGAGAACAAUUUGUGACAUUGACGUUUCAUCUAACAGGUGAUAAUAAUUCAACAUAAUUUUGCAGAAACGUGUAAUUUUUACAUAAAAUGCUGCGGAAUCUGCUCUAGCCGCUGUAAGUCUCGACAGGAGUUACAUGCAGCAAUAAAUAAUCGCGGUUAAGCAUGGAUGUGGUGACUACUAGUUUAGAAGCUCUCAUACAGAGAGCUACAAAUCCACAAAAUCAGAAGCCAGAUGUAGCAGCUAUUGAAGCAUUCUGUGUGAUGCUCACCAAAGAAUCUGAAGGUGUACAGAUAGGUACCAAGUUGCUGGCGACGCACAUCCAAUCGCUUAACGAAUCGGAAGCGCUACAGGCUCUUUCGCUAUUAGAUACUUGUAUGAAGAGAUGUGGUCCAUUAUUUCACGCUGAAAUUGGUAAAUUCCGCUUCCUGAAUGAGAUGAUAAAACUAGUCUCGCCUAAAUAUUUAGGUGGUCGCACAACAGCUAGUGUACGACAAAAAGUCCUCCAACUUCUUUAUGCAUGGAUUAGAGAAUAUCCUCGCGAAACAAAAAUUAAGGAGGCCUACGAAAUGCUGAAGAAGCAAGGAGUCAUUGAGGAAGAUGCAGCAUUCAUAAUGGCUACCAAUGAGGAGAGUCAAAAGUCAUCCACGAUCAAGAAUAAUAUAUUCGAAAAUGAAGAAAUGUCAAGGCAUUUGCGCAAGUUACUUCAUAGCAAAGAUCCUUAUGAUCUGCAAACUGCAAAUCGACUGAUCAAAGUUAUGGUGAAGGAGGAUGAAGAAAGACUGCAAUUGAGUUCGCGAAGAAAUAUGGAAUUGGAAUCGGUGCACAACAACGUGAAGCUACUAUCAGAAAUGCUAGAUUCAUACAAUCAGACUGAAACUAGUGCAGAGGAUCUCGAAUUGAUGAAGGAGAUACAUCAAGCCUGCGAGCGACUAAAACCUCUUUUAUUGAGACUCGCCAGCGAGACUCAGGGCAAUGUUGAAAUGCUCGGUGAUGUGUUGGCUGCGAGCGACGAAUUAAACCAAGUCGUCGAUAAGUACACGUCCAUUAUUGUCCUUGGACAGUCUCCCAAGUCUCCUGCAACUGAAUCCUCGAAAACAUGUAACAAUGGCCCGUCCUUAUUGGAUCUGUCGUCCCCUGACAGUGUGCCCUUUGAUAAUACGUUAAACACGACGCAGAGCACAACAUCGACUGACCAUCGCUCCGAUAUGGAUGUACUAGGAGACAUCUUCAGUGUACUCGAGAAGCCAGUCAAGUCGGACACGAGUCUCUUGAUGCCGAACACUAUUAUGCAACCAAUUAAUAUCUCGCCCGUGAAUAAGAAAAACGAAAUUACCAAUGUUGGCGAAGAAAAGAUAGAUAGUAAAGCAAAGGCGCUGGAAGAACUAAACGAAUUGGGAGAAACUUUACUUAAACAAAGCUUAUCAGGCACGAUGUCGACUGCAUCAUCACAAGGCAAAGCAAAUAAUAGUAUGACAAAAACUCAAGGCACCGGUGAUUCUGCUUGGAAACAAAAGUGGUCGCAUGAUAGUAAUAACAUAGCACAACACAUCGCCAACACAGAACAGUCAGAUGCAAAAAAAUGUGAAACAAAUAGUAAUUCUGACACCUCGUCAUCCUCGAAUUCAUUGAAAAUGAAUACAGUCGCCAAUUUGCUGGUUUGCAACAAAAGUAUUAAUUCAGAAACUACAGACACAAGAAUACAGCAGCAGGAAGUGAUGCAGUCACAUAAUAAUGCAUCGAAGAUAGCAGAUGUUGAGCCUGAAAUCAAACCACUGACCGAUAUCACCAUUAAACUCGAAGAUAUUAAACCAGGCAUAAAUCCACCUCUAACAGUAAUCGAGGAAAGAAAUGGUAUCACUGUGGUGCUCCAUUUUGCUCAGGAUAGCCCUAGGCCGGAUGUAUCCGUAGUAGUAAUCACUACAAUGAGCAAAAACGCAAAACCACUUAGUAAUUAUUUAUUUCAAGCAGUUGUACCCAAGAAUUGCAAGUGCAGAUUGCAGGCACCGUCUGGAACAAAGUUACCAGCACAUAAUCCGUUUCUCCCACCAUCUGCAAUCACGCAAAUUAUGCUGAUUGCCAAUCCUCUCAAGGGACCCGUGUCUUUGAAAUUUAUGUUAAGCUACACAAUGGACGACGAAACGUUUACAGAGAUGAGUGAAGUGGACAGACUACCUCAUCUAUGAGGCCCAGUACACUCCUGCUGUGACCUCGAUGUAAUAUUAUAUCCAUACUCGUCAUCGUGUACUCAGCAGGCCAAAACUAAUAUAGGAAUAUUCCAAUUAUUGCGACCCAGUUAUUUGAGAAUACGUGCAUUGAUAAAAUUGUUGGACAUGCUUUACACUACUUUAAAUUCAGUAUGCAUAACAAUCUGAAAUUCAUCUGAUCCGAGGAAUAUCUUAGUUGUAAAUUCUGCAUGGAUUAUUCUCAGUGAAUGGAAGGAAAAAAAAUGUGAAAGACAAGAGAUAUAUUAAACAUCUCAUGUAAAAGAAAACAUGUUGUAGGAAACAGUUUAAUAUGUCAAAACUAUCAUAAGUAGAAACGAUGAAAUGAGUCUCGAUUGUGAGUGAUAUGUAAAUUCUAAGUGAUGAUGUUGUUUUUAUUAAUUUACUAUAGUUUUAUUCAGUUAUAACUAUGAUUUUUAAAGAUCGCAUCCAUUAAUGAUUCAGAUCAAAUUCACUAUCUUAUUUAUACGAACAAUGCAAGUACGAUUAAAGUCACGAUUAAAAUGCGAUUAGAACAUCACUUUGUGAAAUUUAUUAUAUCAAAAUAGUUAUAUUCAGAAUAUGAUACAGUACUUAAUCGUGCAUAAGAUCAUCUUAUGUAUUUGUAUUCACAUAAUUAGUAACAGUAUAAUAAAUAUCAUAAAG